UAACAAUAAUAAAGAAGAAGACGACGACGACUUCCGGUCGGCAGCAGGCUGACUCAGGAGUCUCAUCAUGGCAGCAGAGAACGAUGUCGUGUCAGAGAUCGAGGUGCUGCAGUCGAUUUACCUGGACGAGCUGCAGCUGAAGAGGACAGAGGGGGACAGGGCCUGGGAGGUGAGCUUGGUGCUGUAUCCGUCCACCGCUGAGGACUCUGUCUCCCAGUUUGUCCGACUGACCCUCACCCUGACCCUGGAUCAGCAGUAUCCCUCGUCUCCUCCAAUUAUCUCCAUCCACAAUCCUCGAGGCCUUUCUGAUGACAAGCUCAACAGUGUCCAAAAGUGUCUUCAGCUGGAGGCUCAGUCCUGUCUCGGCUCACCCGUGUUGUAUCAGCUCAUCGAGAAAGCAAAAGAAAUCCUGACCGAAAGUAAUAUUCCUCACGGGAACUGCGUCAUUUGUCUCUACGGAUUUAAGGAAGGAGAAACAUUCACCAAGACCAGCUGCUAUCAUUAUUUCCACUCCCACUGCCUGGGUCGCUACGUCAGCCACUCAGAGGAGGAGCUCCGCCUCAGGGAGAAGGAGUUAGAGGAGGACAAGACCAGAGAGAGGACACACCCUCAGGAGCUGGCCGUGGUGUGUCCGGUGUGCAGGGAGCCUCUGGCGUACGACUUGGACGAGCUGCUGUCGUCUCCUGCCCCCCAGCUGCCCGAGUCAGACAAAGCAGCGAUUGGAUCUGAUUAUCAAGAGAAGUGGGCGGAGCUGCAGAAGGUCUUGCAAAGGCAGAGGUCUAAAGGCGGGGUCAUCGAUCGGGAGGUGGAAUCUAAUCGCUUUCUUAUCCACAUCAACGAGGCUCCGUCUGGUGCUGAAAAUGGAAACCUGGACGUAGACGUCUCCCCCGAACGUCCUACACCGUCCGCCACUAACCUUUCAUCUGAUGAGACUGGUGUCAGACCAGAUCACUCUGUACCUGGACUGUCCCACUGCAGAGGCGGACACAGCCAGAGGCAGCAGAACCGGACGAGGGGCCCAAGAAGAGGAGGCCGGUUCAGACGUCAGCAGGGGCGAAAUGCCGGGGCCGCCGUCACAGAACACCUGGAAAGACUUACUCUGUCCUCACUGGUGACGACCCGAGCUCAGGGUGAUCAGGUCCAUGUAGAGGCAGAAUUAUGUCGUCCAAAGGUGAGCAGAGAGGUCUACACAGAGCCGCAACAGGUACUGGUUUCUGCAGACGGUCAGCCCAUGUGUUUGGAAACUGAAUACCCGAGAGACGCUCCAGACUCUGUGGGUGGUCGUGGGUAUCGCGGCAGGAGAAGGGGUCCUCACCCAUCUGUCGCAAACAGCGGGAGCCCCAGAUACCACUGGGACGGGCGAGCUUCCAGAAGCAGAGGAGGGUCCAGUAACCUCCACAGUCGAGGAUCUGGACCUCAUUGGGGCCAUGGCAGGGGUGUCCAACAAAAGGUAGUGGGGAGAGAGAGGGUAAAGGACGAGGUGCUAUGACAAAGGGCAACAGGAGGGCAAAUGAACAAACGUAUGUGUGCCUCCAUUAUGAGUUUACAUAGAUUAGAGACCUGCAGCAGAAAUGACGUUCACUGUUGUGUCCUGUCCUCGUCCUGCGCUCCGGUUUCCCCUCUCAAGAACAUGACUAUCAGAAACGGAUGGUUGUUGUUUUUCAUUGUGGUGCAAUGUGACCUCAGACGACCACAAAUUAAAAUGCUCUCUGGACAUCA